UCCACCUUGUACAAGGUAAUAACCAGGCUCCAGGGAUGGAUUGGUCGGGGCCCUUUGGCAAAGUUGUAGAAGGAGUGAUUAGUUUUGUAUGGAGACACAGUGUGCGACACGUGACUUACAUUGUCCGUUAUAAGCAAAGUGUUCUUGAACUGAAGGAUAGCGUUAAGGAUCUUGGAUAUGAAAAAGAUAAGAUAGAUCAUCAAUGUGAUGAGGAGGCUGUCAGAAAUCUAAAUAACAUUGAAGGUAAGGUUACCGAAUGGAAUCGAAAAGUGAGUGAAAUUGAGACUAAGGUGGAGAAGUUUGAGAACGAUGAUGGCCAUAAAAGAGCCCGAUCGAUCAAUUGUUAUGUUAUUCCAUACUUCUGGAAUAGACACAGAUUAGGAAGACAAGCAACGAAGAUGGAAGUGGAUGUUAAAAAUCUAAUUGAUAAGUCCCCUAAGUUUGAUGAAAUUUCCUAUAGGCAAAACCUAACAUCUAAUGAGGCCACAUUGUCUAAUUUUGACUUUAUAGAAUUUGAUUCAACAAAAUCCACAAUGGAAAAAGUAAUGAGACAACUUGAAGAUUCCAACGUGAGAAUGGUCGGAUUGUAUGGGCGAGGUGGUGUGGGUAAAAGUGCUUUAAUCAAAGAAAUUGCAAGGAUAGCUAGAGACAAGAAGUUGUUUAAUGUGGUGAUUAAAGUAGAAAUCACAAUCAAUCCCGAUCUACAAAAAAUCCAGGAAGAAAUUGCUUACGUGUUAGGAUUGAGAUUGGAAGGUGAAGGUGAAAAUGUGAGAGCUGAUUGUCUACGAAGAAGGUUAAAGAAAGAAAAAGGGAACACCCUUUUAAUCUUGGAUGACCUUUGGCAUAAAUUAGAUUUGAACAAGUUAGGGAUUCCCAUUGAUGAUAAUGAUGACAAUGAUGAUUUCAGUAGUGAUAACAAGGAUCCUAAUCACAAAGGGUUGAAAAGAGAAAAAAUCAUUGGUGGUCACAAGGGGUGCAAAAUUUUGCUAACUUCACGUGAAAAAAGAGUAUUGGAUGUCGAAAUGGACGUAAAACCAACUUUUUGUGUAGAGCAAUUAGAUGACAAGGAUGCUUUGAAGCUUUUUCAGAAGUUGGCUGGAAUACAUAAUGUAAUGCCAGACUCUAGACAAGAAAUUGUGAAGUAUUGUGCAGGGUUACCGAUGGCAAUAGUUACAGUUGCAAAGGCAUUAAGAGGUAAGAGCGAGUUAGUAUGGGAAGCAGCACUUGGAAAACUUAAAAAGCAGGAAUUGGUGGGAGUGCAGACAUAUAUGGACAUUUCAGUGAAGAUGAGUUAUGACCAUCUAGAAAAUGAAGAGAUCAAAUCCAUUUUCUUACUUUGUGCUCAACUGGGCCAUCAACCAUUAAUUAUGGACUUAGUGAAGUGUUGUUUUGGUUUGGGUAUACUUGAAGGCGUCUCCUCACUUUGGGAAGCUCGAGACAAAAUUAAGAUAACAAUCCAAAAGCUAAAAGACUCGGGCUUACUAUUGGAUGGAAAUUCUGAUAUUCAUUUCAAUAUGCAUGACAUAGUUCGAGAUGCUGCUUUGUCUAUAGCAAACAAGGAGAAGAAUGUUUUUACUCUAAGAAAUGGAAAACUAGAUGACUGGCCUGAACUCAGCAGAUGCACUUCUAUUUCUUUAUGCAAUUGUGAUAUCAUUGACGAGCUUCCUCUAGUCAAUUGUUCAAAACUUAUUUUUUUUCAAAUAGACACUAAUAAUCCAUCUUUGACAAUCCCUGAGAAGUUUUUUGUAGGAAUGAAAAAUCUCAAAGUUUUAAUAUUGACUGGUUUUCAUCUACAAAGAUUACCACCUUCGAUCAAAUACCUAUUAAAGCUCAGGAUGCUUUGUUUGGAGCGGUGCACCUUAGAGGACACUUUACCAAUAGGAGAGCUAAAAAAGUUAAGAAUUCUUAGCUUCUUUGGAUCCCAACUUAAAAAUUUGCCAACUGAGUUGGGGUGCUUGGAUAAGUUACAACUCCUAGACAUCAACGAUUGUUCCAUACUGGAGACUAAUAUUCCACCUAAUAUUCUAUCAGGUUUGAAAAAUUUAGAAGAGUUGUACAUUAGAAAGAGCUUGAUCAAAAUGUUGGUGGAAGGAGAGCCAAACCAUGGUCAAAAUUCGUUUCUUUCUGAGCUAAAGAAUUUGCAUCAGUUAAAAGUUUUGGACUUAAGCAUCCCAUGUUUUUCAGUUUUUCCCAAUCACUUGUUCUUUGACAAGUUAAAAAACUACAAAAUUGUGGUUGGAGACUUGGAAAUGUUUUCUGUUAUAGGCUUUAAGAUGAUUGAUAAGUACGAAACGUACAGAGUUUUGGCAUUGCAACUGAGUCAUGACACUAGCUUUCACUCCCAAGAAGACAUAAAAUUGUUGUUUAAAACAGUACAAAGUUUGUUAUUGGGAAAGGUAGAUGAUGUUGUUAAAGUUGUUAAUGAGUUGAAUAUAGAUGGGUUUCCAGAUCUGAAACACUUAUCCAUCACAGAUAGCAAAGCCAUCAAAUAUGUCAAUUCAAUGGAAUUGUCCAAUUGUGUAAAUGUUUUUACCAAUUUGGAAUCUCUAUGCCUUUACAAUCUGAAGAACUUGGAGAUGAUAUCUUAUGGUCCACUUACAGUUGCUUCAUUCUCCAAAUUAAAGUCCAUCAAGGUGAAUAUGUGUGAUCAAUUGGUGACUCUCUACUCCGUUUACAUGGUGGAAUUUGCUAAUAGUGAAGAAUCAUGUGAGAUUUGUAAAUAUAAUUCUUACUUGGAUAAAUUUUGUGCUAGUCUAGAAACAAUCGAGGUUUCUGAAUGUGAAACUUUAAAGGGAAUCAUUCAAAUACCAAUGAAUUAUGAUAACGUUAAGUUUCUAAAGUUGCAGACUUUGUCAUUCCAAUCGUUACCAUCAUUUACAUGUUUUUAUACCGAAGUGGAGGAGUCUUGCUGGCCACAUCCGACAAAGCCUCAAUCUGAAAAUAGUAGUAGUGAAGAAGAUCAGAAAAGUGAUAAGGCACCUCCUCUUUUUGGUGAACUGGUAUGA